AUGCACUGUGACAUAGACGGACAAACACCUGAAGAUAUGUUAGAAAUUGAGCAUGAAAAGAUGCUUGAAGAGGCACAAAAAUGGUUAAAAGAAACUGCUCAAUCAUGCUCCACUGUUGCAAUUCUAGUUGCUACAGUUGUAUUUGCUGCUGCAUACACCAUUCCAGGUGGAACUGAAAAUGGUACUCCUGUAUUCCUUCAUUCUGGUGUGUUUCUCUUUUUCACUGUCAUGGACGUUGUGGCUCUUGCUACCUCACUUGCUUCAGUGGUGGUGUUUCUCUCCAUCCUCACUUCCCCAUGUGAGUUGUGGGAUUUUCACAAGUCUCUUCCACGAAAACUGAACUUGGGAUUUGCUUUGCUGUUCUUAUCAUUGAUGACAACAAUGCUUGCAUUCAGUGCAACCAUGUUGCUGACCAUUCGAUUGGAAUGGAAGCAUUGGACUUCAACGUUGAUAUACAGUGCUGCUUUCUUUCCUGUCACCAUAUUUGCAAUGAUCCAAUUUCCUGUUUAUGUGAUGGUUCGAAGUAUCACCAACAAUCUAUGGAGGCAGCUUAAGAAGGCCCUUCCAAUAAGAUUGAUUCAACGCGUCAUGGAUCGCAGUUGA